AGAAGGAGCUGAACGCAAACGAAACAAAGCUUGCUGCCUUCUUCAACGAAACAAGAGUUGGCCUCGGUUGAAUGCUCCAACAAAACCAGAAGCUGAGAGGCAGAAGAGAAUGCAUGGCUAGUUCGUUUUUGAUUGCAUGCCCUUCCUUCCACGGCGGUCGUGGUGCCCUCCCUUCCGCCGGUGGGCAUCCCUCCGAUCUCACCUUCCUCGCCGGCGGCGGGUUCUGACUUACACGACGUCGUUUUUGUGGUCCAUUUCCUGUGGUUUCGGAAAAGUUGAUUGUAUUUUGAAACAAUGGUUACUGUUGAUCAGCUUCAGGGUGACGAUUUCUCGAAACAAUGCUCACCUUUCUCCUUGAAAGGUGUUAGAAUCCCUCUUUACCAUUUUGGUUGCAUUUCUGGUUUGGAUGAUGGUUCCGCUUCUUUAGAAGAAGAGGAAGAGGAACAGAGUUUAUUGGAUUCGGUUCUUCUAGCACAUUGGGAGGAUCGGAUGUGGAAAGGUUUAUUCCGAUAUGAUGUGACAACUUCUGAAAUCAAGGUUAUUGGUGGAAGGAGAAAGUUUAUUGCACAGCUUAAUGAAGGCUGGAGUAAGGAUUGUAUUCCCAAACUAGGCAGGAGUAAAACCGGCCGCGGAGUGUUUGAUUUUGGUUGGAUGGAUAGCCAGGAGGAGUUACUAUUUUCUGUUGCAAGAGGUGGACAGUCAAGGCCGGAGCUUGUUCUAGCAACUGAUGUCCCUGAUUCUGCCUUAUUGAUUACUGUAAAUGCGUCCCCUGUCGAAUAUGGCCAUGUCUUCCUGAUACCAUAUUGCUCGAACAUUCUUUACCACUUCCUGGAUGCAAAAUCCUUGGAAUUGGCUCUGUGUGUUGCUGUUGAAGUAAAGAAUUACUCUUUUCGCCUGUUCUAUGACUAUUCACCCAGUGCUUCUCAUAUAUAUUUCCAGGCCUGCUAUUUUCAAAUCCCUUUACCUGUCGAGUUCAUGCCUUCUGAUACAUUCUUCGUUGAUGGGCAAAAAGGGACGUGUAUAUCAUCUGUUGCAGACUACCCCAUUAAGACCCUUAUGUUCGAGAGUAACCACUUUAAGUUGAUGUUGGAGGUUGUUGCUGAGAUAUGCUCUUGUUUGAGGGGAAAGCUCAUACUCUAUAAUCUGCUGAUAUCUGAUCGUGGCAGAAAGAUCUUUUUGUUUCUUCAGCAAAAGACAUCUAAAACCUCUUGCACCCUUUCAGCUUGGGAAUGUGGAGGCUACUUCUUGUUCACAUCAAGGUCUGCAUUCGAUCAUGCUACUGAAAAGACUCUGCUAAAACAGCUAAGUACUGUCUCCAUUAAUGAGGAAGGUUUCCAAGCAGUUAAGCUGCUGUGUCGCAGCAUUGCAAGCAAGUUUACUUCUUGAAUUUGGGAGCUGUGUUGUAUAUAUAGUUAUAUACCAUGAAAGAUAUGCUGGUUUUAAGUCCCAAGAGAAAUCAGAGAAUACUAGAAUCUGAUGUACUCUCUUGUUCAUACAGUAUUUGGUGUACACUUUACCCCUGUAAACUGCUUAUUGAGGAAUAGAAAUACAUUUUAGAUUCUGAGAAUCCAUAAUCUGAAAUCUUGAUUCUAACCAUUGCAUGUCCAGCAAAACCAAAUAGUCUUCUUCCCUUUUCCAGAAACAGUCGGGA